AAUAGAGGGCUGCGCUCAAGAUAAUAACUAUUAGAAUAAAAGAAGCGCUUUUAUUUCACAUAUGACAAAAUGUCGGUGGCAUUUUCAUCGGCGCGCCCCAGGAGUAAAGGGGAGGUGACACAGCAAGCCAUUCAAAAGAUGCUGGAUGAAAACCAUCAUUUAAUACAAUGCAUAAUGGAUUACCAAAGUAAAGGCAAGACGGCUGAAUGCACACAGUAUCAGCAAAUCCUGCACAGAAAUCUUGUUUACUUGGCCACGAUAGCAGAUUCAAAUCAGAACAUGCAGUCACUACUACCUGCACCUCCCGCUCCCAACAUGUCCAUGGGUCCUGGAGGGAUGGGCCAAAGUGGGGGACAUGCUCCGAGCAACCUCAAUGACAACAUGGCACCAGGACUGCCCCCCACACCAAUGAUGCAGGGCCAAAUGAGCAAUGGCCCCAGCCAUGCCCCCAUGCAGCAGCAGUCUGGUCCGGUGCAGCCGGCUAUUCCCUCCACAUCCCUCAGCCUGCCUGCCAGCAGCUACGGCAGCUCAGCCUCAGCCUCCGGCUACAGCCACGCUGCACCCUCCUCCCAGGGCAGCAUGAUCCAGGGCCCUGGGCCUGGCUAUGGCUCUUCCUCUUCCUCUUCUUCCACAUCCUCAUCCUCCUCUUCCUCCUCCUCCUCCCGCAGCAACCUCAACAUGCAAUCCAACCAAGUCUCCAUGAUGCACCAACAGUCUGCUACUCCGCACUACUCCUCAGCCCAGGCUGGUGGCCAACACUAUCAGGGACAGCAGGCAAUGAGCAUGAUGGCUCAGGGCAGUCAAGGAAACAGUAUGAUGUCUCAGAGACCCAUGGGAUCCUACCGCUCCUCACAGCAAGGAUCUGCACAGCAGUACAUGGGACAAGACGAGUUCUACGGAGAGCAGUAUGGACACACUCAGAGCUCCAGCGAGCCCAUAAACCGGCAAUAUUACCCUGAUGGUCACGGGGAGUAUUCAUAUCAGCAGUCUUCAUAUGGUGAGCAAGGCUACGACAGGUCCUUUGAUGAGUCUUCACAGCAUUACUAUGAAGGAGGUAACUCCCAGUACAGUCAGCAGCAGGCCCAGUAUCAGCAGGGCUCUGGCCAGCAGCAGCCCUUCAGCCAGCAGCAGUACUCCUCUCAACAAGGCUACAGCGGACAGCCACAGGGAUACGGUCCUGGCCAGGGUGGGUCCUCCCAGUAUUCUCAGUAUCAACAGGGUCAAAGCCAACAGUACAGCUCCUACCGCCCCUCCCAGGGAGGCCCCGGAGCCCAGACACAGAGGCCCUAUGCCUAUGAACAGGGUCAGUAUGGAAAUUAUCAGCAAUAAGGAACGACGUUUUGCCGCUGGAGGAAAAUGAAAAAGGCACGGUUCAACAGUGAAGCUCCGGCUCAGCUGUGCAUAAGAAGAUCUAGCUGCAUCAGAUUUAUUAUCCUCUCAUUAAUCAUCAUUCUAGAUAAGAAUACAUAAUCUAGUCAAAUAUGAUGCUUUCCUCAUUUCUUUUGCUCAUUACCGGGUUAUAGCUGGUAGCUGAAGGUGUAAAGUGCUACUGACGACCUUAUAAAAAGCCAGGGUGCUUUUAGAAUCAUGGCAGUUAAUGUAAAACUUCCAUAUGGAUUACAUAGGGUACUAAAAAAGAGCAGUAAAGUCAUUCAAUGAGCCUCAGCAAAUAGCCUAUAUCCUUCUUUUUUCCUUUUUCUCAAUGCCUUUCACUUGUCUAGAUCCACCCCCUGCUUUUAAUGUUUAUUUUAUUUUACAAGCUUCUUUUUUUAAUUAUUUUUUGGUGCACAGAGCAGGCCAGUGGUUUGUGAAACUGAGGCUAUAAAAAGCAAAUUAGCCUUGAAGGAAAUGUUCCUUGAUAUUUAUCUAAUAGACUAGGUCCAGCUCUUGCUUUAACUCCAAGAUGAGACACUGUUAUAUCUCAUGAUAAGGGAAAUUAAUUUUAUGAAGGUGAAAACGUUGGUCCUUAAACCUGACUUGAUCAGGGGGUUUGUCUGUGUUAGUCAAACUGUGAUGUGUUGCUGUGUGGUCUAACAUUAUGUGUUUUCACUCUACAUGUGUCUUUCAGAGGUAAUAGACACAAUAGAUAACUGACUGAUCCAGACUUAAAGGUGUGUGUCAUUGUCCAUGAUAAUCAUACAUCGUGGUAGUAUUUUUGGUAUAUAUUUUCAGUGUCAUUGCCCUACACAGACAUAUUGUUAUUGCCAGGGCCGGCUCUAGCCCAUUUGGUGCCCUAGGCGAGAUCCAUUGGUGUUGAACAGCUCCGUUUGCUGUUUCUCGGAGGGGGGAACUCAUGUUUUUGUUUGCCCAUGGUGCCAACCAGGCUAUAUAAUACAAUACUGUCUGUCUAUAUGAUUAUUAACUUACAAGUAAAUUCGUAAAAGAAGCACAGCUGGAGACCGCUAACAAGAGACAAGAGAGACAAUGAAAGUGCAAACCCGGCGAAAAAUGUGCUUAACUGUGUUAAGCUAGCGUUGCUUUAUUUCAACCUAGCUAGCAAGCUAAUACAAAUGAAACGUCUUCAUACAAAACAGCAUUUAAAAAAUGAUUGGGAUUUCUU